AUGUCUGCUCCGAAAAAGAAAUUUGUGCUAAAACACGUUUUCCAAGAUGUUCGGAAUCUUAAAGAAAUUGAGUAUCAAGACAGUCCAACAGAAGAACAUUUCAAUGUACCAUGGAAAAAGAGAAUCGCUCGAAAAAGGGGAUUUCUCGCGUAUUAUUUGUUUUGCGAACAUCCAAAAACUUCUAACUGGGAAAUCACUCUGGAAAAUUAUGCGAGAUUGGUAUCGGUGUCCGGAAAAGUACAUAGAGAAGGUUUGUGUAUGAAACUUUACUCAUGUGAAAGAAACUGCGGAGAUCCUGAAUUUAUCGAAUGGAAAGAUAUGGAAAAGGAUUAUAUAACCGAUGGAAAUAUCACUAUUGAAAGUCAUAUUAGAAUCAGAAAAAUGGCUGGAAUCGCGAAGAAGAAGAAGUUGAGGAAUUUCGACUCGAAAAUGAAUAUAUUCUCAGAUGCCGUAUUGGCUGUGGAAAAUGAGAAAUUCUAUGUCUCCAAAUUGUUCCUCGCUACACAGUCCACUUAUUUUGAAUCGCUUCUCUCGAAAAAGCAAAGGGGGUCUAAAAAACCAGAAAUCAAACUCGAUGGCUGCAAUUCGGAAGAUUUUCAGAACUUUCUGGAAUUGAUGUACGGAGAAUCGCCGAUUGACGAUGAAACAAUCGAUGGAAUUCUUCAGUUGGCUGACAUGUAUAAUGCUGGAAUUGCACUCAAAAAAUGCGAAGAAUAUCUUAUUAGGUACUCGGUGAAGACAUUGAAAGAGAAGUUACAAAUCGCAAAACAGUACGAUAUGGAUAACUUGAAGGAUGGAGUUCUCUCCAGAAUCAAGAAUGUCGCAGAUAUUCGCUCUGUUCUCUCAUACGACGUCAGCGAAAUGGAUCCAUCGGUCGUCGCGGCUCUUCUCCAGAAAGCCUUGUCAUAUUUACCAUGA